GCUAUUAUCUGUGCAGUGUUUUGUUGAGAUAGUCGAUCACAAAGGACUGCUGCAAUAACGACAUGAAUCAGGUCUCAGUUUUUGUUUUCCUGGUUAUUUUAACCGCAGUUUCAGCAUCUUUGACACUGGUCGCUCCGUCUCCUAUGGUCUUAGUCGAGGGAGAUACGAAGACAUUCAGUUGUAAAGCAACAGAUCCAUCUAUUUAUCCUAACAUCACGUACAAUAGGAAUGUUCAAGUCAAAGCAGAUCAACGCAUUGAAAUAACUAGCUCUAUGUAUAACGACACUGAAAAAGGCCUGUUGACAACAACAACUGUAUUAAAAAUAAAGAAUGUCAUAACUGACGAUGAUGAGGCCAAAGGACAAUGGAAAUGCAUUGCUUCGACCGGCGUCRAURAAGAGAAUGUUGGCUUCAACGUAUAUGUUAUUUCAAAGAAAGACUUACCCAAGGCAGUCAUACAUGGUGGUGGAACUAUCAAUUAUGGCAAUCCAGCCAAACUUACCUGCGACGUCACCGACGGUAAUGCGGAUUUGGCCCCGUUAGGGGGACUAGCAUGGAUGAAAGACAACGUCAUAAUAAGAAAUGGAACCUCGGCAACUGUUCUAGAACCUUUGAUCAUCAACCACGCGUCUACUCGUGAUGGUGGUGAAUAUAAAUGUGUUGGAGUUGCAAAACUCAAAAAGGUUGUGCCAAGACCGCUCUUGUUGAACAAGACAACAGUUUACAUUCAACUUAAGGUAGACAAUGGCACAACAGAAGUGAAGGGAGGUGAGGCAAGUAACAUUACGAUGGACUGCCCUGCUUAUGGCUACCCUCUGAACGUGACAUGGUUGAAAAUCGAUCAAGAAGGACAACAAAAACAACUUGUGAACAACGAGCGAUAUGUCAUGUCAAGACCCUGCCCUGCAUGUCAAUACAGAUUGACGAUCAAAAACCUACAACCUGGUGAUGUUGGUCAAUAUAUUUGUAAAGCAACACAAAACAUGGAAACAGCAAUGCAUUCCUUCAAACUUUCUCUUAAAGACCCAGACGAGAAGUCUACACAGCCYACACCUGGUACGUUAAGCAAUAUCUUCGUAGUUUUUUUAAUGAGCGCGCGGUUCGUUUGUUUGAUGAUUUGUUUCUCGUAUUUUUAUCACUUGUUUUAUAUUUUUGUCUUGUAAUAAGCUCACAACUGGUGCGUUUUUAAUAACUGUUUCUAACGUUGUAAUACWUAGUUAGUCCCAAAAUACAGCGUGACGCUCUCGUCUGCUCAAAGACGAAUUUAGGUUGGAUGAUAAGAGUAGCUAGCUAUAAAUAAAUAUAAAUCAUUGUGUGCACUUUGGGCGUUUACUCUAUAUUACAAUAUUGUACAAUGGCAUAAGACGUUUGUCUUGCUUCGCAGCUAAUGUCUUUUCGUCUUUACAGAUUCGUCGGGUGUAACCCACUAUGCCCAGUCCUUCUUGGUGAUUCUUACAGGCCUGGUUACAUGGAAGCUGCAGUAAAAAUGAUAUAUUUACUAUCCCUUCUCUUUGAAAUAUGUAAUUUUUGAGAAGGGACAGGAGAGAUGUGAUAUAAUUUUGCUAUCAACAAUAUAGACUGCAGUUCAUUUCUACGCCCAAGGCAAAUACAUGUUUUUAAUGUAGCUUUAGGUAAAUAUUCUAUAAAUUUGAUACUUAGCAGGAGUGCUCAACGGACCACUUYCACCAAUUUGCAAAUUAAGAUGUCUAGAACACUUGACUUAGCAUCGGAUGUGGUAGACCUAUCAACACCAUUACMYGYAGAGGCCUCUUUAGCACGAGMAACUCUACAUAGUACGGGUAYGUUUGUUUGGUGGUCGUUUUGGGGGCCCUACUCCGAUUAAACUUGAUAGGAUAUGAAAUAUACURCGACGAUUGCRRGUUUUGAUAUACAGUACUUUAACAAAAUUCAUUUGCCUAACUAGAGUGGUUUUYCGCUUAAUAAAGCUGCCAUGUCGAUAAUUUCUUGUUUUCUUUUUUUUUCAUACCCGAUGUAAACAUAUGCAAAUAAAAAGUUGAAAACUUUCUGUC